GAUUUUGAAACCCUCGCCUCCCUCUUCCUUUCCGGCCGCCGCCUGCCGCCGGAAGGAGAAAAAAUGGGUGCCGGUGGGGAGGAAGCGCCGCGGAUAAUCGUGCCUAUGGCGGUGGAGGGUACCCCGAAUCAGCUGGCGUUUGUAGAGGAGUCGAAGCUGCAGAAGCGCAAGGAGAACGUGGACUGGGCCGUGAGGAACCGGGAGCGCAGGGCGGCCAAGCGCCAGCGCAUCCGCGACGAGCACAAGGUCGCCGUCAGGCGGCCCGAGGAGUUCGUCACCGCGUUCCGCAACAAGGAGCGCGACUUCCUGCGGAUGAGGACCCGCAUCAAGGUCCGCAGCCAGCCGCCCGUCGAGGCGCUCGGCUCCAGGCUCGUCUUCGCGAUUCGCAUCCCUGGCUCCGUGGACUUGCACCCGCACAUCAGGAAGGUUUUGAGGAAACUACGACUGACGAAGGUCCUCACUGGGGUGUUCCUCAGGGCCACCGAGUUGACGCUGAAGAGGCUGCUUGUGGUCGAACCCUUUGUCACAUACGGGUUUCCGAACUUAAAGAGUGUGAAAGAGCUUAUCUACAAGAAGGGCCGCGGGUUCUUUGACAUGGAACCUUUCCCUCUUACCAGCAACGAUCUAAUUGAGAAGGCUCUUGGAGAUCAUGGCAUCAUAUGCUUGGAAGACCUUGUGUACGAGAUCGCCACUGUAGGCCCGCACUUCCGAGAAGCAUCGAGGUUCCUCAUGCCCUUCCAGCUCAAGUGUCCGGAGAGGAGGCUGCAGAUGAAGAGGAAACCGUACAGGGAUGGUGGCGACUCAGGCAACCGGGGCGACAAAGUCAACGAACUAAUUGAAAAAUUGAAUUAAAGCAGAGUUGUUCGCUUCGGACUGGUACGGAUUAAAACCAAACGAACAGGCCUGUCUCUCUCUAGUUGUGAUUUUGUGGUGGAGUGAUGGAUCUGUUACUUUGUCAGUUUUGUAAUAGUAUAGCUGGAUGUAAUCUAGAGGUGCUGUUUGGUUUACGAAAUAUAAUGGUAACGAUAAUGAUUCACACUCG